UCACCGCGUUUCACACGGGACCUCUCUCCCCGGCUCAUUUGCUGCAGAGAUUGUUACAGCAAUUUGCUACAGUGUCGCCUCUUCGCUACAGGAGGAGCGGAUUCGGGGAGUGAAAACAUCUGCAGUUCCUUCUGACACACUCUCCGCCGCCUGGUGUGGGGGGCGGGGGAUGGACCGGCGCCAGUGUGGGUGAACCGGGCCGGGCCGGGCCGGGGCUGAGAUGGAGGAGAGCGAGAGACAAGGCGGGAAGCCGCGGCCACAACGUGGAGUGGAAGCGGGAACCGGCCGCGGAAUGCCCUUGGGCACUGAGGAUCAUUGGAAAGUCCUCUUUGACCAAUUUGACCCCGGCAACACGGGCUACAUCAGCACGGAGGCAUUCCGUGGCCUCCUGCGGUCUCGAGGCUCGGAGCUGGAGGCCCACAAGCUGCAGGUUCUGCUGGCCCUGGCUGACGACAGCCCCCAGGGCAGGGUCUGCUACCAGGACUUUGUCAACUUGAUGAGCAACAAGCGCUCCAGCAGUUUCCGCCGUGCCGUGCAGCGGGGGAAGGGGAGAGGUGGCUCCGACUCGCUGCUGGAGGAGCGGGGGCUGAGCCUGGGCCGGCGGCUAGUCCGACACGUGGCGUACGAGACCCUGCCUCGACACGCCGACCGUCGCUGGUACUACGACACCUACACCUGCUGCCCGCCGCCCUGGUUCAUCAUCACCAUCACCCUCCUGGAGGUCGCUGUCUUUAUCUACUACGGGCUGGUGCUGGACAAGUGGGUUCUGCAGGUGAGCCACCCAUCAUACCUGAGGAGCCCGCUGGUCUACCGGCCCCAGCUACGCACACAGGCCUGGCGUUACCUCAGCUACAUCUUCGUGCACGUGGGGGUGGAGCAGCUGGGGUUCAGUGUGACGCUGCAGCUCCUGGUGGGGGUGCCGCUGGAGAUGGUUCACGGCGCUCUCCGCAUCGGCUUCAUCUACCUCACCGGAGCCCUGGCAGGUUCACUGGCUACGUCGGUGGCAGACAUGACGGCCCCGGCGUUCGGGUCCUCUGGAGGAGUCUACGCCCUCGUCUCCGCACAUCUGGCCAACGUCGUCAUGAAUUGGUCCGGAAUGAGAUGUCAGUUCAAGCUUUUCCGGAUGGGAAUAGCCAUGAUCUGUAUGAGCCUGGAGUUUGGCCGUGCGGUCUGGCUGCGGUUUCGCCCGCCCGCCCACCCAUCCUGUGCCCACCCCAGCUUCGCCUGCCACCUGGGGGGGGUGAUGGUGGGCAUCACCCUGGGGGUGGUGAUCCUCAAGAACUACGAGCAGAAACUCCACGAGCAGUCCCUCUGGUGGAUCUUUGUCAUCGUCUAUCUCAUCUUCGUGUCCUUUGCCGUCCUGUGGAACAUCUUUGCCUAUGGUCUCCUGGACAGCCGGCUGCUCCCUCCAGUCUAGACAUGAGCCACAGCCCAGGUGACCAAGGACCCUCCCUCUGCAUUGAUUCAAACAAUCGGACAUACGUGCACGGGAUGUGUGAAUGGAUUGCCGUUCGAUUCGACUCUGCAAACCAAAACCAGAUGUGGACGCUGGUCAAAAGACCCAAUGCUGGAGUAACAUUGAUAAGGUGACUUUCUCGGUCAAAGUCCAAAGAAGGGUCCCAGUAUGAAACGUCGCCUUAUCCAUGUCCUCCAGAGAUGCUGCCUGACCUACUGAGUUACUCCAGCACUUUGUCACAUCGAGAUGUGACCACAGUAACAUCUGAUAAGGAAUUAGAUACCUUCAGGAGCUCCAGUUCACAUGCCCGCCCCCGGUUUGUUUUGAAUCAUUGUUGAUAGUUGAUCGAAUAUGCUGAAUUAUAUUUUUUAUCACACGUGACCACUCUUCCCUUCCAACCGAGCAGAAGGGGAUUGUUGACUCUGAAGACUGACGGUAUGAAGCAUCUCCAGCAGGUCCCCUGGUGGAAGAGGCAACUCUGCCAGCCCGUCACCCUACAAGUAGAUUGAUCCAAGCUCUGCCCAGUCGCACGUCUGCCUGGAGACUCUCGCAUCCCAAUUUAAAGUUAAGGGGUUGCAUCCUGCUUUGGUGAGAGAAGGGAUAUGUAAUGGCAGGCAGUGACCAAUGAUUUGGAUGAAGGGAUUCAAAGUAACAUUAGCUAAUUUGCA